UUUUAUGAAAGAGUAGGAGAAAAUAGUUCCAAUGAUUAUAUUUUGCUUUUGACUAUGUUUAUAAGGGAAUUCUCUUUUACACAGAGAACGCAAUUGUUAUUUUUGUAAUUUAGGAUAAGUCUUGUGGGUAGGUGAAUGACUUAGCUACUAAAUAAAAAUACAACUUUAUCAUUAUCAGUUGGUUUUUAUUUCUUUCUGUUUUUUUCAUCAAGAAUAUUCAAUGGCUGUUCCAAUGGGAGAAGAAGAAACAGGGCAAAUCCUGGUGAGGUCCAGAAUCACGUGAAGUGUGGACCAGUAAGAAUGUGGUCAGCAGCCUCAGAUCACCAUCAAAGAUGCAGAAGGAUGAGGUAUACAGAGCACAGGGAGAAUGUUUUGGGGAGGGCCCCCUGCCCUCUCAGGGUCUCUCUUUUCAGCUCAGGCAGCCCCCAUCAGAGCACUUAGUGUUAUUGAGACACAGCCUGGACCCUCUUCCUAUUUGAGCUCCUCUAAGUGUUUCUGAGGACUCACGCCUUCUUGUAAAGAACUCACUUAUCUGAGAGUCAUAGUUUCAUAGUACAAUCCCAUUCACUUGUUUGUCAAUAAUCUCUGCAUCAUCCAUCAGGGCCAAGGCCCUAUCUUACCUCUACCCUGACUCCCCUUUAUAUGCUAUACUACAAGAUUAAGCAUCUAUUAAGUCCGGGCUGACUCUCUCUGGAAAUUUCUUUUUUUUCUUUUUAAUUUAAUAGAUCUAUGCUAAAUUUUAUAACAUCUAGCAGUAAAAGCCACUGUUUAAUCAUGAUGUAUAUCAGACUCCCCAUUCCUGCUUCUCUCCAGCCUUCUCUCCACAAAAAAAUCGCUAAAUUCAAAGCUUUUUGAUCUCAUUCUAUAAAUCUGAAGUUCUGGAAAAUUAUUUUAUUCAAUAUAAGCUGUCUAUAUUUCACUUCCAAAUGCUAGAUUAAAUUCUUUCAAUGUGACAGUGUUUUAUAGUUUUCUAAAAUACAAAAAUUAAUUAAAGAGUAUAGCAUAUGCACAGAGACAAUGAUAUCAUUUUCAAAGAUUUUAAUCCUUUCUAAAUGUUUAUAUUUUUUCUAAUUUUAUCUUCCCUCAUUCUCUGGCAAGUAUACCCUUCUUCGCCUCCUACGCUCAUCAAAAAAAUGGCAGCAAGACAACCCCCAGCACUGCAUUCUAUGCAGACUUGAGUAUGUGCCCACAGUGUCUUCAACUCAUGUUUGUUUAUUUUACUAAUACAUAAUUGUACAUACUUAUGGGGUAUAUGUGAUAUUUUGGUACAUGCAUAUGAUGUGUAAUGAUCGAACCAGAGCAAUUAUGAUAUCCAUCACCUCAAACAUUUAUGACUUUUUUGUGUUGGAAACAUUUCAAGUCCUCUCUUCUAGUUCGUCUAUUUUGAAAUAUAUAAUAGAUUAUUGUUAGCUACAGUGAGCGUUUCACCAGCAGACUUAAUCACCUCAUGUUUACAAGCAGUGUGCUACAAGCACUGAAGACUUGCCUGCCAUCUUGUGCAAGGUUUACUAAAUGGGAGGCCAACAGAAACCAAAAUGUGUCUCUCUGAGCAUUGGAAAGCAUGGCAGUGACAGCACUGAUUAUUACUUGUGUCUAAAUUAGACUUAAUUUGCUCUAGGUUAGAUACUAUGCCCUUCUCAAUCAAUACAAUAUUCGUCAUGCUAUGGAAAAUUGUAAAAUAUACAGUGAUUGCUGAGAUCUCAUCCAUCUAGAAUUUGAAGUCAACUUCAAGCAGAUUGACUUGAAACGGGAUCUCAUUUGGGAAACAUAAGUGUCCAAUAAAAACUGUGUAUUUUUUUAAAUUUGGAAAAUACUCAAGUUCCAGUUGCUUAUCAUUCUCCUUCACUUUCUGAAAACCUGGCAAUCCCAUGUGGACUUCUGGUAGAAUGAGCAAUGCAAAGAACUGGCUUGGACUUGGCAUGUCCUUGUACUUCUGGGGACUGAUGGACCUUACGACCACCGUUCUCUCGGAUACCCCAACACCACAAGGUGAAUUAGAAGCACUCUUGUCAGACAAGCCACAGUCACAUCAGCGGACCAAGAGGAGCUGGGUUUGGAACCAGUUUUUCGUUCUGGAAGAGUACACUGGGACCGACCCUUUGUAUGUCGGCAAGCUUCAUUCAGAUAUGGACAGGGGAGACGGAUCCAUCAAAUACAUCCUCUCGGGAGAAGGUGCUGGCAUCGUGUUUACCAUUGACGACACCACUGGAGACAUCCACGCCAUUCAGAGGCUCGAUCGAGAGGAAAGAGCCCAGUAUACUUUAAGGGCUCAAGCCCUAGACAGGCGGACGGGCAGGCCCAUGGAGCCAGAGUCAGAGUUCAUCAUCAAAAUUCAAGACAUCAAUGACAAUGAGCCCAAGUUCCUGGACGGACCUUAUGUCGCCACUGUGCCAGAAAUGUCCCCAGUGGGUACCUCUGUCAUCCAAGUGACAGCCACAGAUGCAGAUGACCCGACCUACGGCAACAGUGCCCGGGUGGUGUACAGCAUUCUUCAGGGCCAGCCAUAUUUUUCUGUGGACUCUAAAACAGGUGUAAUUAGGACAGCGCUCAUGAACAUGGACAGAGAAGCCAAAGAAUACUACGAAGUGAUUAUCCAAGCCAAGGACAUGGGAGGGCAGCUUGGAGGAUUAGCUGGGACCACAACAGUCAACAUCACCCUCUCAGAUGUCAAUGAUAACCCACCCCGCUUUCCCCAGAAACAUUACCAGAUGAGUGUGCUGGAAUCAGCUCCAAUUAGCUCCACUGUCGGGAGAGUGUUUGCCAAGGACUUGGAUGAAGGCAUCAAUGCAGAGAUGAAAUAUACUAUUGUGGAUGGAGAUGGUGCAGAUGCCUUUGACAUUAGCACAGAUCCCAAUUUCCAAGUUGGUAUCAUAACUGUGAAGAAGCCCCUGAGUUUUGAAAGCAAGAAAAGCUACACCUUAAAGGUGGAGGGAGCCAAUCCUCACCUAGAGAUGCGUUUUCUGAACUUGGGCCCAUUUCAGGACACAACAACAGUGCACAUCAGUGUGGAAGACGUGGACGAGCCCCCUGUGUUUGAACCCGGCUUUUACUCUGUGGAGGUGCCUGAGGAUGUGGCGAUUGGAACAACCAUACAGAUCAUUUCUGCCAAGGACCCAGAUGUGACCAACAACUCAAUCAGAUACUCCAUUGAUAGAAGCAGCGACCCUGGAAGAUUUUUCUAUGUUGACAUUACAACAGGUGCCCUAAUGACAGCAAGACCCCUAGACCGGGAAGAAUUUUCUUGGCAUAAUAUCACUGUCCUUGCUAUGGAAAUGAACAAUCCCUCCCAGGUUGGAAGUGUUCCUGUCACAAUCAAAGUCUUAGAUGUGAAUGACAAUGCUCCGGAGUUCCCCAGAUUCUAUGAAGCUUUUGUCUGUGAGAACGCCAAGGCAGGGCAGCUGAUCCAGACAGUGAGUGCAGUGGACCAAGAUGACCCACGCAAUGGUCAGCAUUUCUACUACAGCUUGGCUCCUGAGGCUGCUAACAACCCCAACUUUACCAUAAGGGACAACCAAGACAACACAGCGCGGAUUCUAACCAGGAGGUCUGGUUUCCGGCAGCAGGAGCAGAGUGUCUUUCACUUGCCUAUCCUGAUAGCAGACAGCGGGCAGCCCGUGCUGAGCAGCACAGGCACACUGACCAUCCAAGUGUGCAGCUGUGACGACGACGGCCACGUCAUGUCCUGCAGCCCAGAGGCCUACAUGCUCCCAGUCAGUUUGAGCCGGGGCGCCCUCAUUGCCAUCCUCGCCUGCAUCUUUGUCCUCUUAGUGCUGGUGUUGCUCAUUUUGUCCAUGAGGCGGCACCGGAAACAACCAUACAUCAUCGACGACGAGGAAAACAUCCACGAGAACAUCGUCCGCUACGACGACGAGGGCGGCGGCGAGGAGGACACCGAGGCCUUCGACAUCGCCGCCAUGUGGAACCCCCGGGAGGCGCAGGCGGGGGCCGCCCCCAAGACGCGGCAGGACAUGCUGCCCGAGAUCGAGAGCCUCUCGCGCUACGUGCCUCAGACGUGCGCAGUGAACAGCACCGUCCACAGCUACGUGCUGGCCAAGCUCUACGAGGCCGACAUGGACCUGUGGGCGCCGCCCUUCGACUCCCUUCAGACGUAUAUGUUCGAGGGCGACGGCUCUGUGGCCGGGUCGCUGAGCUCCCUGCAGUCGGCCACGUCGGACUCGGAACAGAACUUCGACUUCCUGACGGACUGGGGGCCCCGCUUCCGGAAGCUGGCCGAGCUCUACGGGGCGUCGGAGGGACCCGCGCCUCUGUGGUGACGGAAGCCAGGAGGCAGGCGCGCGUCCAAAUCCAGACGUUCUCCGCGGGUGCUUCGCGGACAAGGUGCAGCAGACCACACGAGCAAUACUGUGCUGGAGAGUGAGAAUGGGGGUGAGCAGGCGAACAGAGCUCUCUCUGGAUCAGCUUUACUUGGGUAGAUUAAGUUAAAUAAGCAAAAGGAAACCCAGGAAGAAGAGGGCAGAAUCUUUAAUUACCUUUUUUUCUUUUCUUUUUGAUUUUUCUGACACUGUGUGCGAAGACUUGGAGUCCAAGGUGUUAUGACAAGAGUGGCUUUUCUCUGCCAUUCGCUAAGGCCUUUGUCACUUUUCCACCACAGAAAGGCUCUGGCCUUGGAUACAGAGAUGCCAGUUGAAAGCAGAAAGUUCUACUCUCGUAUCUGUUUAUCUUAUUCUCCAUUUAAGAGUUUUGCUGGCUCAUCAAACCACAGAAACCAACCCACAAGGAAGAAUAAAAAACUUUUUACUCAGUGAAAUUAACCUACUUGUUCUGGGAUGGAUGGAAUUUCCCGUAACCCUUUUGAGACAAGGUUAAAACUGAAUCAGCCUUGCAUGGGGGUGGAUGGGUGGGAGGGUGGGUGAAGGAAGAGGCAUUGACUUUAUGCUCAAGUUUAGUGGCUGAUCCAAGAGAUGUUGGCAUUACAGCUCACCCAACGCCAUCAAGUUAGAGUGCUCGUGUCUCCUCUCAGCUCUUUAACUGUGCCCCUGCAAAAUUGUUCAGAGUGAAACCAGAAAGAUCUGCCUCUUUUGCACUGUAGAUGUCUCUUCCAUGUGCCAAAUGUGGAGAUUAGAUGCUACAAAUGAAAGCCAAAUAAAUAAAAAAGAAGUAUCUGACAAAAGCAUGGGUUAGCGGGCUUUCCUAAUCUGUGUGAGGUCAAUCCAAGGGAUGUUUACAUACUGUAGAUAACCUACUUGAACAAAAAUCAGUAUUAUAGAGAAUAAAUGGAUGUAAGAAAAUUACAUGUACAAGUUUUGUAUAUUUGUUAAUAAUUUUGGUAAUAAAUAUGAUGUACUGCAUCUCAGUACCUUAGCAUUUCUUUUAAUAAAAGUUAAAUAGAAGG